AGGUAGUCUGUGCGAUGGACCACCCGAUCCGACCCGCACAAGUUCAGGCUGGAACCGGAUCCGGCCAGUUCGCUGCAGGUCAACUCACGAUGAUCCUAGAAUCGUCCACCUCGUGAUCGGCGAAUCCGCUGUCUACGCGCUAAACUGCCCGGGAGUAACGAUCCGGUCACCAAAUCAUCUCAGCUCGAGCAAUUCGCUCUCACCACGUAUAAAGCAGUGGCCAAGAAGCCAAGCCAAGCAGCAGCAGAGCAUCCUACCUACCACGACCAAACAGAGGAGGUGAGGGGCCUCGAGCGAAGAAGCCCGGAGGCAUGGCGGCUGGUGGCGGCGGCGGCGUGGUGAAGCACAUCCUGCUGGCGCGCUUCAAGGAGGACGUGACGCCGGAGCGAUUGGACCAGCUCAUCCGGGGCUACGACAGGCUCGUGGGCGUUGUCCCCCCCAUGAAGGCCUUCCACUGGGGAACUGAUGUGAGCAUAGAAAACAUGCAUCAAGGGUUCACGCAUGUCUUUGAGUCCACAUUCGAAAGCACAGAAGGAAUCAAGGAGUACAUUGAGCACCCUGCACAUGUUGAAUUCGCAAAUGAGUUCUUGCCUGUAUUGGAGAAGGCCCUCAUAAUUGAUUACAAACCGACUUCUGUCAAUUAAUGGUGGACUAUGGAGAACCUGGGGGAGCUUUUCUCAAUUCUCAUCAUCAAUAUCCUUGUACUGUUUCUCAGAGAAUUCCAUUUGAUUCUACAAUAUACACUUUGUGUUGAAUAAGUCGGUUCUGCUUGGUUUCCUUGUUGAGAAUAAAUUGAGUUUCCUGUAACUGCAGUUGUAAUAACUUUGAACUUUUUUUUGUUCGUAUCAGAAUUACGUUUCCAAAGACUCCUAUACUGUCUGCUAUCUGUGCA